AAAAAAAACCCCUAAAAUCAAGUCCUAAUUCGAGAAAAUACGGCGCCACAAUUAUAAACGCAGCGCCGCAAAAACGGCGGGUUUCAUUCCAAACGACUUCAAACCAAUACCCGCGUUUUUCAACGGAUAUCGUUAAAAACCAAAAUUUUAAUCCAAUCAAUCAUCAACGUAUAAACGUUUGACCCUCAUCGAUUUUUCACCUCCUUUUUCCUUGUAACAACUCCGAACAAACCCACCACAAAUUCUCAGUUCGGUAUUAACCAAUUUUCGCAACCAUUUUUUCCUCAGGGUUUUUUCCCAUAUUUUCUACCCUCCAUUUCUCACUUCUUCCAAAAAUUGAUUCUUUCUUAUCAUUUGGAUUUUUUUUUGCUGGUUCCUCAAUAUCCCGAUCGAAUUUUGAAUCGUACUAUUUGGUGGUGAAUCAAUUUUUUUAGCAAUUUUAAUGGACAGGGCGGAGGUACGGCGGGUUUUCCAGAUGUUUGAUCAGAACGGGGACGGGCGGAUCACGAAGAUGGAGCUGAGGGACUCGUUGGAGAAGCUGGGGAUUUACAUUCCGGACAAGGACUUGAUCCAGAUGAUUGAAAAAAUCGAUGUCAAUGGAGAUGGGUUCGUGGACCUUGAUGAAUUCGGUGCGUUGUACCAGACGAUCAUGGGCGAGAGGGACGAGGAGGAGGACAUGAGGGAGGCGUUCAAUGUGUUUGAUCGGAACGGGGACGGGUUCAUCACGGUGGACGAGCUGCAGUCGGUUUUGUCUUCCUUGGGGCUCAAGCAAGGGAGGACACUGGAGGAUUGCAAGAUCAUGAUAAAGAAAGUUGAUGGUGAUGGUGAUGGGAGGGUGAAUUUCAAGGAGUUUAAGCAGAUGAUGAAAGGUGGUGGGUUUGCUGCUUUAAGCUCAAAUUAACUAACAGAAGGAUCUUUUCCAUGGUAGUGAUUUUCGAAUUUUCGUUUUCUCCUUCUGCACUCCUUCCAUACCCAUUAUUUGCGUACCUUGCUUCGCCUUCGAGUUUAUUUGAUCUAAGGGCAAGAAAAACAAGGGGUGCAGAAGGGGGAAAAGGGAGUACAAAAGUACGAAAAUCAUCACCUUUUUUUUUUUUUUUUUUUUUUUUCAAUAGAGGAGGAGAUACAAAAGAAGAGCAGCCUUAUUGUUUAGAUGUUUAGAGGCCUCUCUCUCUUGUAUAAUUUCAUUUUUAUUUCAAAAGAAUGCAAACUCUUUCAUUUCUUUGAUUGGUAUCUUUUCAAUAUCUUUGAAAUCUUUGAACAUUGAUUGUAAUAACUUUUUACUUCCUGCUAUCCAAUGAAUUGAGCCAAAGUAUGAGAGCGAUCUAAGGUGGACAUCUCUUUCAUCUUUUGAUGGAACCAAUUUUUCAACCUUCUCGUCCAAGUAUAUAGCAACUCUUCGAACUUUACCAAUUACUUUGUUUCUAGCGGUAAAAUUGGCGAUUUGGAGGAAAUGCUCCUCUUCUGCCUUCAACAAGCACAUGUCUCGCAUAAGAUCA